AUGGAGGAGAAGAGGAACUUGGGUCUAGAGUUGGUUCAAGAGGUUGAGGAUAAGGCGAGACUUACAUCGAGACAUCGAGACAUCGAGUAUCAGGUUGGUGAUAAGGUAUUUCCAAAGAUUUUACCGUGGAAGAAAGUUCUAAGGUUCGAACAGAAGGGUAACCUCAGUCCGAGGUUCAUUGGCCCUUAUGAAGUUGCCAAAUGGAUUGGACUAGUUGCCUAUCGUUUGUUGUUGUCGCCAGAGCUAAAAUGUAUUCAUGACGUCUUCCAUAUCUUCAUGUUACGGAAGUACAAAUCUGAUCCUUCUCAUGUUGUUCCUGUUGAGGAGACUAAGGUUCGAUCUGAUCUUUCGUAUGAAGAGGAACCGGUUGCAAUCCUAGAUUGA